UCUAAAUAGUGAUAAGAUAUUAGAUAGCUAUAAAUACUGCUAUAAAUAAAUGCAUCUGAUUAUUUGCUCUGUAAUAGUUUCAAUUAAUUAAACAUGAUUAACAUCUACAUUAUAUUUGCUAUAAUUUUUUCGUGUACUUAUGUAUGUUUGGCGAAACCACCGAACAAUAUCAACAAUGAUAUCACUGGAAAUACAACUGGACAAUUAUCCUUCAAAGUUGGAUCAAAAGAGUAUACUCUUAAUCUUGAAUUGAAGUUAAAUUACCUGGAUACUUUACUCUACUGCCAUAGCAAACAUAUGGAAAUGCUUUCUUUGGAGACUGAGGCCGAAAACAAUGCCGUGUUUAACAUUCUAGAUAAGUUAUUAACAGGCAAGCAGGAUGACUACAAAUUCUGGACUUCAGCAAUUCGUAGUAAGAACAUAUGGUACUGGAUGACAAAUGGUGCAGCUAUAAGUUAUUUUAAAUGGGAAAGUCCUUCAGAAACUUCAUCAAAUCAGAUGCUACUAUCUUAUACUUAUGGUCAUAGAAUAUCAGCUGAUAACUGGUGGAAAACUGAUGUUAUAGACCGUCACGGUAGUGUCAUCUGUGAGUCGUCGAGCGUAACAAAUUAAAUACAAUAAUACACUAAAUGCGUCGUUUAAUUACACCUAA